ACAUUGAUUUCCCACAAUUCAUCUAUCGCACACUUCCGGUUGUGGAUAAAUUCACAUGUUGAAAGGAAAGACGCAUUUUAUUGAAGUUAAUUCUAGAAAAAGACAGUAAACAGUUACUUUUUUCUAACAGUAAAGAUCAUCUAAAAGGAUAAGUCAUGCCGAAAAACAAAGGAAAGGGAGGAAAAAACAGGAGGAGGGGUAAAAAUGAGAACGAAAAUGAAAAGAGAGAGCUGGUGUUCAGAGAAGACGGCCAAGAGUAUGCACAAGUUACGAAGAUGUUGGGAAAUGGACGAUUAGAGGCACUUUGCUUUGAUGGAGUGAAGAGGUUAUGUCACAUCCGAGGAAAGCUGAGAAAAAAGGUGUGGAUAAAUGCUGGAGACAUCAUCCUACUGGGACUAAGAGAUUACCAAGACCAAAAGGCUGAUGUCAUCCUGAAAUACACACCAGAUGAAGCUAGAAAUCUGAAAGCUUAUGGAGAACUUCCAGAAUCUGCCAAACUCAACGACAACCUCUUUGAUGAAGAUAAUCAAGAUGAAAUUGAGUUCCAGAAUAACUUUGAUGGAGACGAUGAUGAUAUUGAUGAUAUAUAAACAGUUGCCAUAAUUUUCUGGCAGAAUGCAAUGAAGUAAAGAUUUUCAACGCUUCAAGACUUAUUAGCAGGUGUCUAUGAACAUAAACUGUCUGCUAUUGAUUAAUUGUGAGAUUGAUUCAAGUGGGCGUACUACUCCAUUUUCAUUACAAGCAUAUAUAGUAAACUUGAUGUGGUGACACUUUGUGAUAAUGCAUGUAAUGAAGUAAAUUCUAUGGAGAACAUGGACAAACUAUUCUCACAGAAAGGAUUAUUAAUUCCAUACAGGUGAAUAGUGGGGAAAUUAAAAUGAUGCAGUUCUGACUGUAAUCUGGAAAGAAAACUGCUCUUAAGACUUGUUAUCAGAGUGAGUGCUUCAUAAUGUUGUUGAUUGUUGUUCCAUGGGUUAUCCUUUUUCUCUUCAUUCAUGGACCUAUUCUAUAUGAGACAUUGUUAAAUCAAAAAUCUCCGAUUUCUGAAGUGAUAAAUUUGUAGGGUAUUCUUCAAAUUGUUACAGAGCAGAGCUUGUCUCGCUUUUCAAUGUUUUUCCAACUGAAUAGAUUUUUGAAUUUUCCUAACUUUUUAAUAUUGUGUCCGGGUUUAGUCUAUUAAUAUAAAGCAUGAUGUAAAUUUAUGACUGAAAGCACAGAUAAUGUAUUCAGAUCUUUUUCUAGUUGCACAUUUUUGUACUUUCAAGUCUAAAUUUAACAUGGGAAAGAUGAAGAUGAGUUUAUUUACAAAUCUCAAUCACAAUGUUAAACUGGCAAUUUGUACGAUAUUGAUGAUGUUGGAUACAAUUUCCUUUCAGAAUUGAGUUCUUUAAUACAUGUGCAUUGCAUUUGUCUUUAUAUGUUAUGUGUCUAGUUCUUUGCAAAUCUGUUUGGUUUCAAGAUCAAAUUUAAAAAUUGUGAAUUUUUGAAUUGAUGAGAUUUUGCCAAACAUUUUGAUUUUAAUAAGGAUUUAUAGGGAGUAAGUGUUACAGGUCUGAAAUUGUAAAUUUAAUAUGUUUAAAAAGUUGAAAAAGCAAUCAAAAUUUUAAUAGGUUAGCUUGACUUAAAAUUGUGACACCAAGCUUAAGAAUGAAAACAUUUUGAUAUAAAAAAAAAUAUCCAGAUGACUUUGUUGACACAAAGUGUGUACUUUUCCAUAUUGAACAGUGAUAAAAUUCUCAAAUUCUGUUCUAAUCUUACACCAUCUUCACUUUACAGUAAAAUCGGAAAUUGGGAUGUAUAGCAUUAAACAGUACAUCUGAAACUACACAAACUUUAGUUUUAAAAACUAAAUUCAUGCAACUCAUAUUUGUUAUAUUGCUGCAAUCAUUUGAUACACAUGAUCAUUUACUUAGAACAUGUAGAUGGCACUAGAACAAUACACAUGUAUAGUGGAACACCAUAUAUCCAAAACUCUUUUUGUAUCCAAAUUCUUCUCGGGAGGGGGGGGGGGGAUAAAUUAUAAACAAAAAUUGAAAACCCAAUCUAAUGCUUUCAGCUGUACAUAUUUUGUUGAAUGAUGGCUGAAGUCUGCAUCUCCUCUAACUGCCAGCUGAAGAUUAUG